AAAAUGAUCUAUGAAUUUCUUCUAUUUUCAUUUUUCAGACUUGAAAAAGCCUGUUGCUGUCAUUGCAAGAAAGUCGCGAGUUGGGUCUUCUAGGAAUGAGGUCAAAACCUUGACUUCGAUCCUCACUGCUCGAAGUAAGAUGUUGAUAAUGAAUUGGCAGCCUGAAAUCAAUUCAAAGAUGAGAUCAAUUCUCAUAGACUGGUUGACAGAGGUUCACAGGAUGUUUGAACUAAUGCCUGAGACCCUUUACCUCACAAUUAACAUAGUUGAUCGGUACCUUUCAAUGAAUGUUGUCCCAAGGAGGGAGCUUCAGUUGGUCGGCAUUAGUUCAAUGCUAAUUGCUUGCAAGUAUGAAGAAAUUUGGGCACCAGAGGUCAAAAGGAUAAUUUUGCUGAAGGAAAGAGCUGAUUCAAGAUGAUGUGGAUGAGAAACUUUUGUAUAUUCUACAGGAGAGAGAGAGAGAGAGAGAGAGAGAGAGAGAAAUUUGUAUUUUUUUUUCAGCACUCAAUUGAGAAUUUGUAUGUGUGGAGAUCAUAUGAUAUGCUUGUUUUAAUUGGUUUUGGGCAUUUCUUGUGGAUAUGUAUGUUGGGUGAAUGACAAUGUUAAGUUGGGAGUCUUGCACCACUCACUUUUAUGUACAUUAAUGUAAUAGAAAGG